AUGACAGAACAGAGUGCUGGGUUGGAGUUCCAGCCCACCUCCGCCUCCGCUUCCGCUCCCGCUCCCACCGCCGAAGUUCAUCAAGGUAUGACGCUCAUCCAGCAACUCUCAGAGCAGGCCCAUCAGGCCGAAGAUCACAUCGAAUCCGGACCUUCACAGUCUCCAGCCACCCCACUGCCCGCAUCUAAAUCAACAGAAUCAGAUUCAAAACCAGAUGAUGGAUCAAAACCCGCAAACCAAGUCACGGAUGACCAAUGGAGGUCAAUGUUUGAUGUAGUCAUGGCCAUCUACGACUACCGCGAGCCUGAUGGACAUGACCCCUCGCGCCUCUUCCAUCGCAGUGUCAACAAGCGCAAUGUCCCGGACUACUACGACGUUAUUAAAGAGCCCAUGGCACUCAGUGUUUUGAAACAAAAGAUCAAGAAUAAGACAUACACCCAUUUCGCGGAGUUUGUAAGAGACUGCGCAUUGAUCCCUCAUAAUGCGCAGACAUACAACCGCCCCAGAUCACAAGCAUAUGAAGAUGCUCUCGUUAUCAAGGACGUCUUUAUUUCUGAAUUUCGUAAGCUUGUCGAACAAGGAAUAAUUUCUUCGGAAACGGCUGAACUUCCGGACUUGGGAGAGAUUCCUGAGGCAGACCCACUACCCCUCGAAGAAGAUGAGGAGGAGGAAGAGGAAGAGGACGAGGAAGAUGAUGAACCUGAUGACUCAGAUGAUGAGGGCACCCGUCGCAGACGGAGACGGCCUGCCCGUGGAUCUUCUAAGAGAGAGGCUGGCACCAAAGACGACGGUAAAGCCACUGACCCUGAGUUACGAAAAAAGCGUGGCCGCCCACCUCGUGUUGAUACUCCAAUGGAGGCGCGGAUCAAAGCUGUUUUGAAGGGCAUACGCAAAUUCAAGGAUUCCUCGGGACAGCUCAAGGUGCGCCAUUUCGAGCGGCUCCCCGAUAAGGCUGCCUACCCGGACUACUUUUCGGAGAUCAAGGAUCCCAUGGCUAUUGAUCUCAUCAAAAGAAAAUCUAAGAGAAAAAAGUACAACUCUGUGGACCAUUUUAUGAGGGAUAUGGACCUUAUGUUCAACAACGCGAAGGCGUAUAAUCAGGUGAACAGUCAGAUAUACAAGGAUGCCACCGAGUUGCAGUCGGAAGCACAUAAACUGGCUGAGCAGGAGAAGAAGAAACCGGACAGCGAGUACCUGAUGGAAGAUGGACGCCUGCCCUUACCAAAUGGUAUCUUGCAUAAAGGAGAGCUUUGGAAAGUGGGUGAUUGGGUACACAUCCAAAACCCCAAUGAUGUGACAAAACCAAUUGUUGCGCAGAUAUAUCGAACCUGGCAAGACUCGGAAGGGCAGAAAUGGGUUAAUGCUUGCUGGUACUACCGCCCGGAACAAACUGUACACCAGUUCGAAAAACACUUUUACCCGAACGAAGUCGUGAAAACAGGGCAGUAUCGAGAUCACCGCAUUGGGGAAGUCGUUGAUCGAUGCUUCGUUAUGUUCUUCACCCGCUACAACCGUGGGAGACCGAGGGGUUUGCCGCCAGAAAAAGAAGUUUACGUCUGCGAAGCCCGAUACAACGAAGAGAAACAUAAACUCAACAAAAUUAAAACUUGGGCAAGCUGUCUUCCGGACGAAGUUAGGGAGAAAGACUACGAGAUGGAUCUAUUCGACGCACCUCGGAAAAUCAAGAAGAUACCUAGCCCGAUCAAGCACCUCCUAAAGGAAGAUGCAAAGGAAACUGACGAUAUCCCAAAGCCAACCUGGGGAGCAGAAAAUGCACCACCGAUUGUAGGGGCAGUCCAUCGUCGACCAAGAGAGGAAAAUGCAAAACCCACUCCUUCACCUCCUCCACAGCUUCCACCUCCUCCCGUAGUACCAGUAGCUGCCCCUCGACAAAUGCCCAUAAACCGUCCUCCAACCCGCCAGAGUAUUGACAGCCAAGGAGACUACCGCAUGAGUGCCAGUCCACUACCUUCCCUAUCAGCCCGCUCUCCAAGCCAAACAGUUCCAAAUAUCCCCGCAACAGCUACAGGCCCUCCACCACCCAUCACGCUAACGCGGAUGCCACAACCCUUCACGCCCCAGACAGUCGCUUCGGCCCCUGUUACCCCGAUCUACCCAGCCGGAUACCCAACCCACCGCCCAGGUCCCUUCACCACACAGACCUCCCAGCCCAUCCCAAUCUACCAGCAACCCCCGCCCAUCUCACCACAACCCUACUCCGCCCCGCACAACUUCCCCGCCUACCAAUCCAACCGCUACCCCCAUACACAACCACCACAGCCACAAAUGCAUCAAGUCCAGGCCCCCCACCUCCCACCCAACAUGUACAAUUCCAACGCCCCCCGACCAGUCGAAACGUUCAUUCUAAGCGACAAUGCCAAUGCGGCAAUCCCAGAGGAUAUUCGCAAACAAUUCCACUGCGACGAGAAGGGGCGUGUACUUUUCUUCACGAGUCCGCCGCUUGACAUCGUCCCGCCCGUGGAGCAGACGGUAUUAGGACAUUCGCUACGUUACCUAGCGGCAAAGGAGGAGCGGCAGAAGAAGAUUGAGAAAAGGAAGCUUGAGCAGCUCGAAGAGGAGAAGGAGAGGGAAAGGGAGAGAGAGGAGGCUGCGAAGCGUCACAAGGAGACUGAUGGUGAUACGAUAGCCACGGCAGAUAGGAAGACGCUUUCCGAGCUUGCUGUCAUGGCGGCUGUGGCGGGUAUGAAGCAGGCUGAUAAGGACUGGUAUGAGGAACGGUAUGGGAAGGAGGAUGCUGCGAGGGUUAAGGCGGCGGAUGAGAAGAGGUAUAAGGCUGUGCUGAGGAAGAAGGCGGAGGAGAAUAAGGCGAGGGAGAGGUUUGAUGUUAGGGAGCCGGAGGCUGCGGUGCCUGUUGGGUCUGGGGGGAUGUUUAUGAGUGUGUGA